GACGGACAAGUUGAGACUGCGCUACUCUUUGUAGCUCAAGUCCAGCGCAACCGCCGCUGCACCAAAACAACAAAAUAUUGAACAGUGCCUCGGGAAAUUUGGAAUUUUGACAAAAUUGCAUUCAUCGAACUGAAAUUGGGCCUUUGUCUUUUGAGUAGACGGACCACAAGGCGAACAUUCAUCCAGCUGGUCCAAGAACAAAAGUAAUUAGGGGCUACGAAAUAAAAUGGAGGAUGAAGACAGACGGUGUGUAAAACUAAGGGGUUUGCCGUGGACGGCGACCAAAGACGAUAUUAAAGAGUUUUUUAAUGACUGUAAGAUACACAAAGGCGACGAUGGUAUUCACUUGGUCUCAAACUCUGCUGGUAGGGCGACAGGCGAAGCCUUUGUUGAAGUCCCCCCAGACGAUGACAUUGAUGUGUUUUUGCGGAAGGAUAAAAAAUCAAUGGGUCCAAGAUAUAUUGAAGUAUUCAAAGUUAAACGAAGUGAAAUGGAAUGGGCGAUUCGUCGCCCAAGUCGCUCUCAAGACAAUAUUUAUCGGGAUUCACGAGAUAGUGACAGUGACGCGGAUGAAGAAUGUCAAUGUUAUGUCCGCCUCCGUGGCCUUCCUUACGAUUGCUCUCACGACUCCAUCAUUGAAUUUUUUAAAGGUAUGACGAUUUCGAACGAUGGGGGGAUCCAAUUAAUGAUGGACAUGACAGGGAGGCCAUCAGGAGAAGCCUAUGUUAAGUUUUCAUCGAAAGAAAAUGCUGAAAAGGCGUUGGGUCAAGAUCGGGAGUGUAUCGGAGCGAGAUAUAUCGAAACAUUCCGUGUUAGUCCAGGCGAGUUAAAAAAUAUGCGAAACAACGCGCUGACAAGACCGCAUGGACGAGGAUAUGAUCGACAUCACCCUUACGAUCGUGGAAGUCGAUACUCGGGAGGUCGAUUCGGUGGUGGUUCAUCAAGCAGCCGAUCGUCACGGUACAUAAGCAAAGGGUUUGAAGAAGAUAAUUGGUAUGGUAGUGGCGAUCGCCACCACGAUCGGGGGUGGGGAAGACCCCCGUUACCAUUUCGUGGAUAUUCCAGAGGAUCCGGGGGUAGCUCAAUUUCUUCUUCUGAAAAGAACUGUGUUCUCAUGAGGGGAGUGCCUUUCAAGGCGAAUGAAUAUGACAUUCGAAAGUUCUUUGAUCCUCUGCAUCCAACGGCAGUAGAUAUCAUAUACGAGUCCUCAGGCCGUCCCAGUGGCACUGCAAAAGUUUUAUUUGCCAAUGGGGAUGAUGUCACUAGAGCCAUGGGAAAGCACAAGGAUCGUAUGGAACAUCGAUACAUUGAAUUAUUCCUGCACAAUGCCUGAAAUCCAGCUACUCUCUCGGACCUAUUAUAAUAUACGUACCCUAUUCAGAUUCCUAACCAGUUUUCUCUAAAUGUAUUUCAAAUUAUAGUCUGUCCAUUUCUCAGUAUAGUAUCCGUCGAUUUAUCUCGUCUCGUUCAACAAAACAAUUAUGUAUAAGGGUCUAGGUAAAAUAUACCAUUGUUUUUAUAUAUCUGUACUUAUGCUGAAUUCCACAUUCAAAUGUGUGGACUUGUAUUAUUAAACCUUGCAUAUAUUAACCCCUAGUAAAAAUAGGCCACAAUGCAAGUACAAUACAAAAGUUGGUAGCGGUAUGUUUCGUUUUGUACUAUGAUUGGAAAUGUUUCUACCCAAGCAACCUCAAUGCGAAUUUACUGCGAAUUCCAAUGCAAGUUUAUGCAAUUUUUGUGCAUAAAAAGUUGUAAUCAUUAAUUUGUACAAGAUUCGUGCAAAAUGUGUAUCAAUUUUUGUGCUACUAAUAAAUUAGCACAAGAAAUCCACUAAACUAUCACAACUUAAUAAGUAGCAAAUUAUUACAAAGGAACAAGUGAAUAUUUAGUGCGUAUUUGUUAGCACUAAAUUUUCAUGAGAUUUCUUGCACCAAAUUCAUGCAUAAUUCGUACGUGGGAAAUUGUACAAAAUCAAAAUGCAGUAAACAGGUGCCAGUAUAUUUACACGAAAUUCGUACCGAUUAUUCUGUAAUCAUUUACUACUAAAUUAGUAACAUUUCUCUAUUGGCGAUUAAAUAAACCCACCUCAAGUCAGUUA